GUUCAAGACUUCAAGCAGACGGCAUACGUGUACCUCAAUUUCAACAGUCACGUCUGGAGCACCACAGCUGAUACGGGGACUCAAAAGUGUGGAGUGGGCCGAGUGUUGAAACGAAUUGAAACAAGUUCAUCUAAAGUCUUUGAAGGUGCACUGUGAGUUACCAGAUUAAAGACAGAAGAUAAAGGCAAGGCCAGAAUGGAUUAUGAUAUGCUUGACUUUGACAAAGAAUGGAAGGAUUUUCUAGAUUAUCAGAACUCUAGUACAAAUGACAGUGUAAAUCCCAGCUAUGUUGUCAAUAACGACAUUGUUGUUCUAUGCAAUAAAGCUGACAUAGUGAAGUUUGGCGCUAGAAACCUCCCUCCGUUUUACUACAUCAACUUUCUGAUCAGUGUGCUGGGAAACGGCCUGGUGCUCUACAUCAUCUACAAGUAUGAGAAGCUGUCCACAGUCACCAACAUCUUCUUACUCAACUUGGUCAUCUCCGACCUGCUGUUCGCCUGCAGCCUCCCCUUUGAGGCCGUCUACUACGCCUCCGAGUGGAUCUUUGGACUGGCCAUGUGCAAGCUGGUGCGCAGCCUCUUCUCCGUGGGCUUCUACAGCUCCAUCCUCUUCCUCACGCUCAUGACCUUCGACCGCUACCUGGCUGUGGUGCACGCCGUCACGGCCGCCAAGCAGAGGCGGAAGGCCUACGCCAUCAGCUCCUCCGUAGUGGUGUGGGUGGUCAGCUUGGCAUCCAGCGUCAAAGAGCUGAUUCUGCACACCACCAGCAACGACCCAAAGUUUGGAGAGAUGUGUAAGGAGUUUGGCUUUACGAAAGACACACUGGACAACUGGAAGCUGUUUGGAUACUACCAGCAGUUCUUCCUCUUCUUCCUCGUUCCUCUGGCCAUCGUCCUGUACUGCUAUGUGAGGAUCACGGUGCGGAUCAUGGACACGCGUAUGAAGGAGAAGUGCAGGGCGGUGAAGCUGAUCUUUGUCAUCGUGCUGACCUUCUUCAUCUGCUGGACCCCCUACAACAUCGUCAUCCUCCUCAAAGCCCUGGAGAUGUCCUCCAUCACCACAGCAGAGUGUCCCUCAGACGCUCUGGACUACGCUCACUUCAUCACGCGCAACCUGGCCUUCCUUUACUGCUGCAUCUGCCCCGUCUUCUACACGUUCAUAGGCAAGAAGUUCCAGAACCACUUCAGGAGAAUGCUGGCCCGACACAUGCCCUGCCUGAACAUCAACCUCCUUGACACUAGUCAGAGCAGCAGAACCACUUCUCACAAGAGCCCACAUAUAACUGACUACUGAUAGAUCGGUUACGCGGCGCUAUUCAGACAUGUCACUAUUCAGAAAUUGAUGUCUAUUGUCUGAAUACCGGCAGGUUUCCCACCAAAAUCUGCCAAAUCUGUGGUUUGUGCUACGUUGCUCAGUUUUUUCAGUUUAUGGAGAGUGCAUGCUGUUACCCUAACCCUAUCCCUAUCCCUAUCCCUGCCCCUAACCCUAACCCUGACCCUGACCCUGACCCUGACCCUAACCCUAACCCUAUGGCAUAUCUGCUGUCUGAAUAGUGGUAUGUCUGAAUAGCGGUAUGUGUGAAUAGCGCUUGCUCCUCUGAUAGACCAGUUUACACAGCUUACACUCCAGGGUCCAGGGUCGGAUUAAUGCGCAGGCCAGAUAUGGCUGCAGCCUCGGGGACCACCGACCACCACCUGCCAGGGGUACCCUUAUUGGCCAAAAGGGGAAAAACUGCAGAAUUGUGACAACAUGCGAUAUUGAAAAAUGUAUCUGUUGUGUUCAGUAAAGUUGGUAGACAUGUUAGUAAGACACUGUCUAUGUAAAUUUGUAAAAUUACCCAUAGCAAGCAGUAGCCUAGAGGCCCUAGGCCAUCCUAAUCUGGCCCUGACUCUAUACUGUACAUACAUGUUUAUACAUAUUGGACUACUGGCAAGCAACAAAGCUGCACUCAAUCGUGAUAGGUGCAGAUUGGACCUUUAAGAGCAGAACAACGCUGCCAUCCAUUUCCCCAACACCUUCAAAAUGGCGCCAUUACACAGCUUAGCUCUUGUAAGCCUACCGCUGCCUCACUAAAGCCCUGCCACUGUUGUUCAUGACAAUAUUUUGUGGACUAUGUAACUAAUUCUGAAUUACACGGCAAGGUAUGCUAUGCACUUACAUCUGUAGGUGAGGGUUACUGUGUUGUUAUAAUAAAUAAUAAGUUAUAGUAAGAAAUUCAAAAAGUUGUUUAAGGCGAUGAUGUGAAAUGUGGAUGAGGAUAUUCAUCCUAAAUUAAUUGGGUCUUUUGUUUUUGCAUCUUACACUUUGCUCUGUUUGAAAUAUCUAAUGAUGAUGAAUGGUUUGUGCAUGCAUCAAAUGUGUAAACAACAUUAUGUGUUUUAUUUGUGAAACAUUUAUGUGACUUGUGUGUUUGUUUCCUAGACUUGAAUUAAAAAAUUGAGACUGAAAUAAAUACAAGUU